CUUAUUUUCCACUCACUUAUUUACUCUACUCUGCCAAAUAGUCCCUCGACAAUAGGCAAACCCAUCAAAGUUUUUGAUUGGGAACAAACAUCAAAACCAUAUCAAUUACCACACUCUUUUCAAAUCUCACAGUCAGAACCUAAUUUAUAACAUUCUCAUCUCCAUAGCAAAACCUCAACUACUAUCAUGGGGCCGUACGACUCUGCCAACUCGGCCGGCAGCAGCAGCGGAAGCUCUUCCUCUUCCACCUCCUUCAAAAAACCCAACGACAUAGAUGGCCUCCUCGCUGGCGCCGGCUAUAAGAUCCGAUCCUCCGACCUACAACACGUCGCUCAGCGCCUCGAGCAGCUCGAAACCGUCAUGGUCAACUCGCCUGCUUCGCAAAUCACCCACAUCGCCUCAGACGCCGUUCACUACAACCCUUCGGAUAUUGCCUCCUGGGUCGACUCGCUCCUCUCUGAGUUGAACCACCCAUUCCCUCUUUCCGCCGAUCUACCAGAUUUCCCUGAUCUCAUGAUCAAUAAUACGACGGCAAGGAACGAUGUAUGGGCGGCGGACCACGGAAUGCCUCAGCCGCAGCAAAAUAUACCUCCUCCUCCUCAGUUGAAUCAGCAUCCACUCACGGUCGUUACGGCGAUGGAAGAGGAUUCCGGGAUAAGGCUGGUUCACAUGCUCCUCACGUGCGCGGAAUCCGUCCAACGUGGCGACCUCCCAUUAGCUCGCUCUUUAAUCGAGACUAUGCAGCCCUUGCUGACACGUGUCAACGUCAACUGCGGAAUCGGAAAAGUCGCCGGAUACUUCAUCGACGCGCUUAGUCGCCGUAUUUUUUCGACGAGGGGAAGGAUUGGUGCCGGGCCUUUUGAGGACGAGGUUCUGUACUAUCACUUCUACGAGGCUUGUCCGUAUUUAAAGUUUGCGCAUUUCACGGCUAAUCAAGCCAUACUAGAAGCGUUUAACGGUCAUGAUUGCGUCCACGUCAUUGAUUUCAACCUAAUGCACGGUUUACAAUGGCCGGCGUUAAUACAAGCACUAGCUCUCCGCCCCGGAGGACCGCCGUUGCUCCGACUGACGGGCAUUGGCCCUCCAUCGCCUGACGGCCGCGACUCAUUAAGAGAAAUUGGGUUGAAGCUGGCCGAUUUGGCCAAGUCCGUUAAUGUUCGGUUUGCCUUUCGUGGCGUGGCGGCUGAGCGUCUGGAGGACGUGAAGCCGUGGAUGCUUCAGGUAAGCUUAAAAGAAGCCGUGGCUGUAAAUUCCAUCAUGCAGCUCCAUCGACUGCUCGGGUCGGAUCAUAGCUGGAAUUCUGGCAUUGAUACGGUUCUGGGGUGGAUCCGGAGCUUGAACCCGAAAAUCAUUACGGUGGUAGAGCAAGAGGCGGACCACAACCAAGUCGGGUUCUUGGAUCGGUUCACGGAGGCUCUAUAUUACUACUCCACCAUGUUCGACUCGCUCGAGGCUUGCUCGCUCCAGCCGGAUAAGGCUUUAGCCGAGAUGUACAUACAGAGAGAGAUUUGUAACGUGUUAUGCUGCGAAGGUUCGGCUCGAGUCGAGCGCCACGAGCCUCUUGCUAAGUGGACGAAUCGACUUAUUCAAGCUGGAUUCCAGCCUCUUCAUCUCGGCUCCAACGCGUUCAAGCAAGCCAGCAUGCUUCUCACUCUUUUUUCGGCUGAGGGUUACUGUGUGGAGGAGAAGGAAGGGUGCUUGACUCUCGGCUGGCAUAGCCGGCCUCUCAUCGCGGCUUCAGCUUGGCGAGCCGUACCCGAUCCAAAUAACCCACUCGGGAUUAUAAAACCGUGAUAGUGAAAACAAUAGCCCAGCAUUGAAGAAAAAUUCUAAUUUGGUAGGCCGCGGUGCACCCUUAGUCAUGGAGCUAUCAUUUUUUAGUCAAUAUAUGCUGUCGCUUUCCAAUUUAUCAUCAAAUAA